GCGAGAUCCGGGCUGGACUCUGAGAGGCUCUGUUUUCCUUUUGGCAGGCGCAGUUCAUUCAUGGCCCCCGGGAAAACAACUCGGGAAACUGUCUGGCCCCGGCUGGAUCGUCAGUUCCUCCACCGAUUCCUAAAGAUCCAAACAGUUUUAUUUCCUACCUUCACCUCCAAGAAUGUGCUGAUGUUUCUAACCUUGCUUGUGGUUGCUUUGUUGGAGCAACUGGUCAUUUACCAGGUGGGACUGAUUCCCAGUCAGUAUUUCUCAGUUCUGGGAAACAAAGACCUUUAUGAAUUCCGUAAGGUGACAGCAGUUGCUCUGAUUCUCAUUGUACUCAACUCUGUGCUGAAGAGUUUAGACCAAUUUAUCUGCAAUCUGAUGUAUGUCAGCUGGAGGAAGACUCUCACUGAAUACCUCCAUGGCUACUACUUUCAGGGCCAGAAGUAUUAUACUCUGAAUAUUCUGCAUGAGGAAAUUGAUAAUCCAGACCAGAGAAUCAGUCAAGAUGUGGAGAGAUUCUGCAAACAGCUGAGCUCUAUGGCCAGUAGGCUGAUCAUCGCACCCUUCACCCUUGCUUAUUACACCUAUCAGUGUUUUUACAGCACUGGUUGGAUGGGUCCUCUAAGCAUCUUUGGCUAUUUUAUCAUUGGGACAAUUGUUAACAAGUUCCUAAUGAGUCCCAUUGUUUCAAAACUGGUGCACCAGGAAAAGCUUGAAGGUGAUUUCAGGUUUAAGCACAUGCAGCUGCGGGUGAAUGCUGAAUCUGUUGCUUUCUACAGAGCUGGGGAAGUUGAACACAUGCGGACCAACUACAAGCUUCAAAAUCUUUUGAAGACACAGAGGGAACUGAUGGUGAAGGAACUAUGGCUGUACAUUGGGGUCAACACUUUCGACUAUUUGGGUAGCAUCCUGAGCUACGUGGUGAUUGCCAUUCCCAUAUUUAGUGGAGUAUAUGAUGAUCUGAAUCCCACAGAACUGAGCUCCUUAGUUAGCAAGAAUGCCUUUGUCUCUAUUUACUUGAUUCAUUGUUUCAGCCUCCUAAUUGACCUUUCCACCACAGUGUCUGAUGUAGCUGGCUACACACACAGAAUUGGGGAGUUGCAAGAAGUAUUGCUGAACCUUUCCAAGAAACAAAGUGAUAGUGAAUCACAAGACAAAUGGGACUUCAGCAGAAUUUCUAAAGAGCAGAAGAUCUCAAGCAACACUGCUUUCGUUCUGGAGCAAGUUUCUCUUGCUGCUCCUUCCAAGAAGCUGCUUAUCAAGGACCUAAACCUGAGAAUCAUACAAGGGAACAAUCUCUUGAUUACUGGGAAUACAGGCACAGGGAAGACAUCUUUGUUGCGUGUUCUUGGGGGCCUGUGGGAGUGCAAGCAGGGGGAAGUCCACAUGGUGACUUUCUUUGGCCCCCGUGGCGUGGUGAUUAUGCCUCAGCGGCCUUUCUUCACAGAUGGAACGUUGCGGGAACAGAUUAUAUACCCUCUAAAGGAAAUCUAUCCAGAUUCUGGGUCUAUAGACGAUGACAGGAUACUCAGGUUCCUGGAGCUGGCUGGACUGUCGGACUUGUUAGUGAGAACAGGAGGUUUGGACCAGCCUGUGGACUGGAACUGGUAUGAUAUUCUUUCACCAGGUGAGAUGCAGAGGUUGUCAUUUGCCCGCCUCUUCUACUUACAGCCCCAGUAUGCAGUGCUAGAUGAAGCUACGAGUGCAUUGACAGAAGAUGUAGAGAAUGAGAUGUAUAGAAUCUGCACCCAACUGGGGAUGACCCUUGUCAGUGUGGGACAUCACAAAAGUCUGGAAAAGUUCCAUAGUUGGAUUUUGAAACUGUAUGGAGAAGGAAAAUGGGAGCUAACAAGAACUGAGAAACCCUGAACUAUUUCCAAACUGAUCACAGAGAACGUUGGAGUUAAAGUCUCAAGUCAAAGUGCCUUGGAAUCAGCAUGCUUUAAUGGAGAAAGUAUGAUCUGAAAUUUCAAAAUUACAAGUGCCAAGACUUCCAAUUAAAAAAAAACAUGGGGAGGAGAGUUUUUAACCACUUCCUUUAUUUUAAUCUGUUCAAUUGUGUCCAAUUCUCUGAGGCUGCCUGGACAAGUCUUGCAGUUUUCUUGGCAAGGUUUUUCAGAAGCGGUUUGCCCUUGCCUCCUUCCUAGGGCUGAAAGUGAUUGGCCCAAGGUCACCAGCUGGCUUUGUGCCUAAGAUGGGACUAGAACUCAGUCUCCCGGUUUCUAGCC